GAUGAGCAGAGUCAUGUCCGUUCGUCCCUCCCUCGCAAAGGCCCAAUUUUUCUCGUCCCCGCGGCUCGGAUUUUUCCCCUUUUUUUCCCGAUAAAUGGCUUCUUUUCCUCAACACCGCACCAAUCCAGCCAUCAAUCCCCAUCACUGAGCAGUCGUCGUCUUCCCCCGUCGCACUCGCUCGCCCUCCACCCCCUUGAAGGGUCUCUCUUCUUUCCUUCCUGCCUCUUUUCAGCUGAGGCCCGGUCCUUGGAGUACCGCGGUCCGUGAGUCGUUUCUUGCUCCAUGCUGGUCAAAAGAGAUUCAAGAAUCGCCUGGGGACGCCUGUUUCUUGAUGUGGAUGACAUGAGGACACUGAAUACAAUGGAGAUAAAGAUGGCAGGAUCUGCUCCCUGCUAAGUUUUUACCUACAAGUUCGCAAAGGACAGUAUGUCAGCUAGGGCUUCUAACCGUCCAUACAAAAUUUCAGAAGAUUCUCAAAUGCCGUACUACAAUAAUUCAGCAACUGUAGAAGAAAAUGAUAGGUUUCAUGUGAUGCAAAAUAAUCUAGAUCAUCACCACUCGUCUCCCGACGAUGGAUCGCAGAAGAUUAAUAGUUCCAACACUCAAAUAUUUGAAGCACAGUACUGCACUCUGGAAUCAUCCUCAGCAAAUGUUGUUUAUCCUGCACAAAGCUCCACAUCUUCUCACAGCAUUUCCCCUUUAAGUGGGAGCCCCCUGUCUCAGCAUGAUAGCCACUCAGAGCACACAUAUAGUUCUCCCCCAAGUGCUUCCUGUCUAACUGAAGUUGCAGAUCUCCAAAUUAAACUAAAAGAGCUAGAGAAUGCCAUUCUUGGACCUGAAUUGGACAUUACUUCUGACAGCCCUGAGAGCUUCUUACAAGCCAAUGUUCAAUUGAGACCAGACAACUGGAGACAACUUCUGGGAAUUGAUGCAGGAGACUUGAAGCAACUAAUCAUUGCAUGUGGUAAGGCUGUUGCGGAGAAUGAUGUCUUUGCAACAGAAUUGCUUAUAUCUGAGCUAGGUCAGCUCAUAUCUGUAUCAGGAGAUCCAAUGCAACGACUUGGAGCAUAUAUGUUGGAAGGAAUUGUUGCAAGACUUGCUUCCUCUGGCAAUAUGCUAUAUAAAUCUUUGAAAUGUAAAGAACCUACAAGCUCUGAGCUCAUGUCAUACAUGCAUCUCCUUUAUGAGAUCUGCCCAUUCUUUAAGUUUGGUUAUAUGUCAGCGAAUGGUGCCAUUGCCGAGGCUAUUAAGGGAGAGAACUUUGUUCACAUCAUUGACUUCCAAAUUGCUCAGGGGAGCCAGUGGAUUACUCUGAUACAGGCCCUUGCUGCAAGGCCUGGGGGUCCACCAUACACUAGAAUCACUGGUAUUGAUGACUCAAAUUCUGCUUAUGCCAGAGGGGGCGGGCUUGAUAUAGUUGGGAGGAGAUUGCAUAGUGUUGCUCAGUCGUGUGGUCUUCCCUUUGAGUUCAAUGCUGUUCCAGCUGCUAGCCAUGAGGUUCAGCUUGGGCAUCUUGCGGUAAGACCUGGGGAGAUUAUUGCUGUCAAUUUUGCCUAUCAGCUGCAUCAUGUUCCUGAUGAAAGCGUAAGCAUGGAAAAUCAUCGAGAUAGGAUUAUAAGAAUGAUCAAGAGCAUCAAUCCUAGGGUUGUUACUCUCGUUGAGCAGGAAUCAAAUACAAACACAGCUCCAUUCUUCCCAAGGUACAUGGAAACUCUCAACUACUAUACGGCCAUGUUUGAGUCGAUAGAUGUUGCUCUCCCAAGGGAUGACCGGAGGAGGAUGAGCGCGGAACAGCACUGUGUUGCAAGGGAUAUUGUUAAUUUAAUCGCAUGCGAGGGUGCUGAAAGAGUUGAGAGGCAUGAACUGUUUGGAAAAUGGAAGGCAAGAUUUGCUAUGGCUGGAUUUAGGCCUUACCCGCUGAGUUCAGUGGUGAACAACACCAUCAACACACUGUUGCAGAGUUACAACAGCUGCUACAGGCUUGAGGAAAGAGGUGGUGUCCUUUACCUUGGAUGGAAGAACAGAGUAUUAGUUGUAUCUUCAGCAUGGUGUUGACAUUUCCUUAGAAGAAGCUCAUGUACGUAUUUUGUUGCCUUCCAGGUUUCAUCGGAUUUCGGCAUCCAUCCCAAGGUUCCAAGAUUCCAUCCUGAACUCUAUUCAUAUAGAAGACCCUGUAAACCACAACAUCUUGGUUUACUUAGUAUUUGCUUUCAACCCUCCCUGACUCACUAGCAAUCUAAUCCAGCGGUUAGCUUAUCAUCUAAAUGGUCACCGCAAGUCGAAGGGGGUCCCGACAUUAGAAGUCAUAGCUGUUGUAUGCGCUCUGUAUAUGUUACUACUAGAAAUUUGAUUUCUCUAAAUCUGGGUUACGUUUCCAUAGGUUUGGUAGAUGCAGAGGUUAUGGUAGGCAGGACAAGAGGGUGUCUGUCAGUUGUGUAUCAGUAUGUACUGUGUUGCCUGCUUUGUAUAUAUAUAUGUUUGUGUGGAAUGCUAUUGAGGUUUCAUUGUGAUGUGGUUGCUCU